AUGGAACGAAGGAGGGGAGAUGACGUAGGCAUAAAAAAUGGGAAUAUAAAUUUAGGGAGUGGGAACGAAAUAGAGGUUGAGGAUGAUAAUUUGACGUGCCCGCAAGCUGAGGAUAGUGAUGAUGCAGAGUUGGAUGAUGAUUGUUUUCAUCAAUUUCUUGAUGUUGAUGUUGAGAAUGUGGGUCAAGGAAGUAGGGGUUCUAAUCAUUUGGCCGAAUUCGAAUCCGUGCAUUCAGAGGCUGUUACUGCUUCUGAGUUACCGAACAAGAACACGUUGGCUAUGCUUUCUGAUCUAGAAGAUGAUGAGUUGUAUGAGGAGUAUGCAUGUGAUGACAAGGACAAUAAGGCAAUAACAAGGUAUGAGAAAUACAAUUGUGCUCAAAUGUGCAAGGAGUUUGAAUUUAAGUUGGGAAUGGAGUUUAAUUCAGUCCAACAGUUUCGAGAAGCCCUCAAGAAGUACUGUUUGCUACAUGGGUAUGAUGUUAAGUUUAUUAAAAAUGAUAAGGAAAGAUGCCGAGUUAGGUGCAAGAAGAAGUGUGGUUGGUUGAUACUUGUAAGCAAAGUUGGUGGCUCAAUGACUUUUCGAGUGAAAACACUUGGACCAAAGCAUACUUGUGGGGUAACAUUUAAUUCAAGGUUAGCCACAUCAAAGUGGGUUUCAGACAAGAUAGUAGAUCAUAUGAGAAUGAAUAAGAAUUUGAAGCUAGGAGAUGUGGUUUCAAUAGUAAAACAAAAUUAUAUGGUGCAAUCUUCAAUAAACAAGGCAUUUUGGGCCAGGAAGAUUGCAAAGAAAACAAUAGAGGGAGACCACAAAGAAGAGUACAACAAGUUGGUAAACUUUUGUACUGAAGUCAAGAAGAGAAAUCCGCAAUCUACAUUUGCUCUUGUCACUGACACUACUUAUUAUGUAGAUUGCCCACGUGUGUUUAAGAGAUUGUGUGUGUGCUUAGAACCAGUGAAAAGAGGUUUUAUGAAAGCAUGUAGGCCAAUUAUUGGAUUAGAAUGUUGCUUCUUUAAGGGCACAUACGGAGGUAUUUUGUUGGUGGCUGUAGCUCGCGAUCCUAAUGAUCAAUAUUUUCCUCUAGCUGUGGCAGUAGUUGAGACUGAGAACAAAGAUUCUUGGACAUGGUUCUUAAAACAAUUGUUUGAUGAUAUUGGUAGUAUGGCUGAAAAGAAAUGGGUUUUUAUCUCAGACCAACAGAAGGGAUUGGUUCAAGCUUUUGGAGAAUUACUUGAAGGUGUUGAACAUAGAUAUUGUGUAAGGCACUUGUAUGCCAACAUCAAGUCAAGGUAUGGUGGUGGAACGGUGAUUAGAGAUGCAGCGAAGGCCACUUAUCCCCUAGCUUGGAAAGAACUAAUGAAACAAUUGCAUAAUGUGUCAAAGGAAGCGCAUGAUCACUUGAUGAUAUUUCCUCCAUCUUGUUGGACCAAGUCUCACUUUUCAGAGUAUUCAACAUGUGAUAUGAUAAUGAAUAAUAUAUCAGAAUCUCUUAAUAGUCGGUUGUUGGAAGCAAGAGAACUUCCCAUUGUAGGUCUUCUUGAUUGGAUUCGGAUUUAUUGGAUGAAUAGAUUUGCAGAAAAUCGCAUCAAAGCUGCAAAAUAUCAUGGGAAGGGAAUUGUAUGCCCUCGUCCCCGUAAGAGACUUGACAAGGAGGUUGAAGAGUCUAGAAAGUGGAUGCCAAGAUGGGCAGGAGACGACAAGUUUGAAGUUCAAUAUAACACUCAAAGAUUUAUUGUUGAUCUCAAAGAGAGGACUUGUGAAUGUCGAUGGUGGCAGUUAUCUGGAAUCCCUUGA